AUGUCGGAACCUGGUUUUGACGAGGACGGGCGCCCUCUCACCGACGAUGCUGCAAGACUCGAGAUCGAAAGGAUCUUUAAGGAGCAAGUCAUUUUCACCGACGAAGAACAUUCAGAUAUCCGGAAGAGAUUGAAAGGUACAGGCUGGCAAGAUAGAUUCUCUGAUCUUGUUGUCAAGGGGAGAACCGAAGCCGGAACAUUUGCGAAGACUGUCGCCGAGCAACUUUACUCAUCGCGGUUCAGAUUCAUUUAUGAAUUACUGCAGAAUGUAGAUGACUCUUGUUACGCAGAGGGUGUUGAGCCGUUUGUUACAUUUCGGAUCAAGCCCGAAGAACUGAUAGUUGAGUCCAACGAGUUAGGCUUUACACGGGAAGACACCAUUUCCAUUUGCAAUACUGCCAAAAGCUCCAAGGUUGGCAACAGUGAUACUACUGGUGAGAAAGGUCUGGGUUUCAAAUCGGUAUUUGGUAUUGCUGACUACGUCCACAUCAAAUCCGGGUGCUGGUCUUUUAGAUUCGAGCACAGAGAAGGCGACGACGGCCUAGGAAUGAUUUGCCCAAUAUGGACUGACCAUACACCUGCCCUGCCUCGUGAAAUCGGCACAAGACUAACACUCCGGUACUCUGAUCGCGGCGCCAGUUUCGCUAGACUUCUCGUGUCCGAAUUUAAAGAAAUCCCCCGAACAAUCCUGUUUGCAUUACGCCAGCUCAAGAAAAUGGUCGUGGUUGUGGAUCGCAUCAAUGGACGUGAGGAGAAGAUCACCUUCACACGAGAUGGCGAAUUGAACUCUGAUGAAAUGCGGCUCAAGAUAGCCGUAAAAGCGAAUUUUGGGAAAUUUGGUCCCCAUACAUCAGGGACGACCCGGCUCAGGCUGUUCACGACAACAGUCCAGGACUUGCCCCUCGAUGGUCAACACAAAGAUCCCGAGAGAGAAGUGACCGUGGCUUUCGAGGUGGAUUCUGAAGGCCUGCCCGUCAUCCCCAAACAUGGACAAUAUGUGUUUGCUCGUCUGCCAGUGCGGCGCUAUUCACAACUCCCUUUUCUCAUAAACGCAGACUUUGACCUCAGCAGUAAUCGAGAGGACGUGUCUGGCACGCCUUGGAACGAAGCAUUGCUAGCUGGGGUAUGUGCAUCGUUCGUUGGCUUGGUCAUGGAAGCUGUGGCAAUUGGCGACCCGCUGGAAUUCAGAUGGGUGCGGUACCUCCCUACAGUCCCCAUGCAAGACUUUUGGAAAAAUCUGUGCGAAGACAUCAGUGCAUGCCUCAAGGAGGAGCCCGUUCUACGCUCACGCCGAGGUAGACUACACUACAUCGAUGAUAUGAGGGCUUUGCCCGACUGGUUCAUUUACAAGAACGAGCCACUCGUGGAAGAUACUAGCCAUGAUAUCUAUCUAUCCGAAAACUAUGAACCAGCCGAUAUCACGAUCUUGAAAACUCUUUCCCUCAAAACAAUCUCACCCCAAAAGAUUUUGAAGAGAAUAAAGGAAGCAGAAAUAUCAAUACCCGACAAACCACUGGAUGACCGGUGGCAUACAGCAUUCACCGGUCUUGUUCGACGACUCCUGGACACAGACGUCAAGGAGGAUGUGGAGGAUUUGAACAUUAUUCCAUUACAGGAUGGUCGCUGGGUUUCGCCGUCGUCCCUAAAAGUAGACAAGGUGUAUCUACCGUAUCUUGCCGAGGAAUAUUCGGUAAAGAUAGAGAUACCGCAUUAUCUUGGGUUCCAGGUACUUGACCUGACAGCUGCUGCUGAUGGAGAACGCAAGAGCUUUUACGCUGAGCUCGGAGUUUCGUCUUGCGCCCCCAAUGAUGUGAUAACGAAGAUCCUUGAGCGUCACCGAGUGAAGUUUGGCGGACCAAGGCGAAGAAAGUUAUCAACCUUGAUAAAGGAUCUCGAAGUCCUUUUUUGGUUCGGAAUGAUGCCGUCCCCGUCAGAGAGGGGCCAGGAGCGUGUGACACUCAUGAGCGAUCAAAGUAAACGACACCAAGCACGCUUCUUGUUCUUUCCUUCGGAUGAUGAUUAUCAUGCAGAGAAACUGCUUGCCAAAACCCCGAAGGAGUAUUGGGGUGAUUAUGGAGUUCUUCAUGAGCAGUACCUGGAAUCACAAGUCUCCAAUUACAAACGCUCCGGCUUGGACUGGGUAUCUUACCUUGAAAAAUGGGGAGUCAAGUUCUUCCCUGACUUGGUGCACGAGGUACCCAAUGGCUGGAAGCUCCACCCUCUGAUGGAGGAGAUUGCUCAUGACAACCCCGACAGCUUUGUCGCAAACCUCAAAGUACAUUGGUCUGAUUACCGGGAUAAAGCAGCCAGGAUCACGAAUGAUUUGAAGGAAGUCCGGGUACCCUGUCUGAAUGGCUCCGCAGAAAGCUUGGGGGAUACUAUUCUACCCACUGAUGAGCUGCUGAAAGUGAGCGAAGACUCUGAACUGACGGGGCUCCUACCAUUCCUGAAACUACCUGCGGAUUUCGACUCCCACCGACCCGAACCUUGGUUGUUCCUGAGAAUGUUCGGAGUAAUCUGCGAGGCGGAUACCAACUUCUACCUGAGAGCUCUGCACCAGCUCACCGAAUUGGAAGAUGCACAACUGAUCUCCACGUGUGCAACUUUGUACAGCGGCAUUGCUCAAACAACGGCAAUCGGGAACGCCGAAAUCUUACAGCGAGAAUUUGCGACGGAACCAUUGAUCCGUGCCAGAACAUCCCAGGGAGAAGCUUGGUACACAUCAAGUCAUUGCAUUUGGAACGGCCCCUCCUUUCUGCAAACGAAGCAGCGAUUGAGUCCGCUAUAUGGUGACGAUUCAUCCGCUUCUGACUUCUUCAAAAGCCUCUUGAACAUACGAGAUGUUAGCCAUGAUGACUUGAUUGACGAACUUAAGGUACUCAAGUUGUCAUCAACAAAGACAAUGGACAACGCAAAAACGAUCUAUACAGCCUUGGCGGAGAUGGCGAACGCUGAACCUGCGGACGAGGCGAUCCGGGAAGAAUUCACGAACCACGGCCUAAUAUACGUUGGUCAAGAGUGGCUGAAAGCUUCAGAUUGCUUGUGGAAUUGUACAGUCCCCAUCCCUGGGCGAACACCACUCGACCAAGUAUAUCCUCAGCUGCAGGACUUUUUCGUCGAGAAGAUAGGAGUUAUGACACUAAACAUCGACAUACUGUUCGAGGAGCUUAACAGGACACUAGAACAGGAUUCCCCUGAGAUUAAAGACGCCAAACAAAUCAUCCUUGCCAUAGGCCAAUUGCUGGCGUCAGAUGACAACAUACCUAUCAACGGGGACCAACAGGUUAUCUUGGAGCAGACAGCCUUCCUACCAGUCCGUGGCCCUGAUGGGUUGAGACUCGCCUCCGUGGAUGAAACCUUUGCCAUUAAUGACCAUCAAAGAUAUGGUGAGCUCUUCAAAAACAAAGCAAAUAUCGUUGAUUUUGGUCACGAAGAGAUCACCUCAUUGUGCCCGCUGUUCGAAUGUCUAGAGCUUGAGCAUCGCUAUAUAUCAGGCCUUGUACGGCCAAAAACUGUUGUGAACGAUGCAAAUCCGGACCCAGAUCUAGAGCGCUAUAUCAGAGACCGUGCAUACGCCUUGUCAUGCUGUGCCAUGUACUACAACAGUCCGAAAUACUACAAUCAGAACACGUCGACACAUGAGUUACUUUUGGCUGCAAAAGUAUUCGUCUGCGACGAGAUGCGAACAGAGCUGACACUACAGGAGAAAGACCGAGUGGUCGAGGUUUCCAGUGAUCGAGUCGUGGUGGAUGUCCGUCACAUUGAGGGAAGGCUGGAGAUCUAUAUUCCGAGCGACAAGAACGAUAGAUAUUCCUGUUUCCACACAGAGCUCCCUGAAUAUCUCCUCGAUUUCCUCGGGAUCGAGAGAGAACUGGCGGUGAAGGUGAUAUAUCGUAUCUUGAACGAGCAUGAGACGCCAUUGGAAGUUAUCAUGAAGAACGAAGACUUACCACAGUACCCUUGGUUCGACAAGCCCCCACCGCGGCCACAGAAAACGCCGUCUGCAAUUCGGGACGACGAGACAGAAUCUCACAGCGGUAGAUCACCAACGGACAUAUCGUCUGCUGAUACAUCGUCGUCUCACUCUCACGACGACCACGACCACGACCACGACGAUGCGGUCAUUACUUGGGCCAACCAAAGAGUAAGAGCAGUGCGUUCUGUUGUUGAGACCAGCAUUCCUUCUCCGGGUCAGGAACAGUCUGCCGCCGGUCUCCGCUCCCGCCGAGAAGAAGGAUCCCAAGAAGAUACGUACAGAAGACUCCUGAAUGAAGUAAUACGCCAAGCAAGGCGACGCCGAACAAGACAACGUCGCCAAUUUCCUCGAGAAGAAGAAGAAGAACUGCUAUCGCUCGAUGACAUUGAAAGAGGGCUAGAUGAGAUGGAGUCGCUGGAUAAUGAAGUUUACGAAGAGUUCCGGAGAGCGUUUGGCGAUACAGGGAUGGGCCGGUUUGAGGACAACAAACGUGUGGGCGCCGCGGGAGAACUAUAUGUGUUUGAGCUCCUGAAAGCUUACGGAGUGACAAACGUCACUGACGAAAACUGGGAGAGCUCGAUCCGUCAUUACGUGAACGUCUUGCCCGAGUACGCGGAUCUAGCACCACCACGGAGGGUGGAAAUCUCGGACAUCAGAUACCAUGGCCAUUGCCCACAACUGAUGGACCUCCUUCGGAAAAAUGCGACAUUCCCUUGUCCCGCCUGGCUCGGUAGUACCGAGACGUCGACAACACCGGUGGACUACUGCAUUGAAGUCAAGACCACGUCGGGCCCGAGCAGCACCCCGUUUUUCAUGAGCAACACUCAGUAUCGACGCAUGCGAGACAGGGCGUGUCCACAUGGCUUGAUGACCACGACGCCGCCGCGAGACGUGUACCUCAUCAUGAGAGUGUUCAACUUGUUCUCCAAAGAGAUUGGGUUGGAGGUGUACAUCGACCCGUGGCACUUCCGAGAGAGAGGUUUGAACUUUGUGGGAGAUCCAUGGAAGGUCAUUCCCUGUGUGAUCUGAUCCAAGGUCGAAAAUGAUGUCUAAAGCUCGUCAUAUUCCAUCAUGGGCCCAGACCUUUUCGGAAAAGACAUUCUCACUCGAUUACUACCGGGUAGGUCUCUAAUGAAUGAGGUAGACAUGUCUCAUUGUGUGGGCCGGACUCCAGUGACUUCUCAGCACCAGGGGGCUUGUUCAGUCAGGAUGCAAGUGGAAUGAUUGGGGAAUUGAAAAUUCCGGAAGACUGGGAUGUCCCUGUGUGAUUGAGGACGACAAGUAGCAGGUCUGUUGUCAUGAUCGUUGGAAAAGAAAAUUGUGACAUAUCAGUGUAGGAGCAUGACUUGAGGGACUGCAUAAUUGAUGACGGCGCUCUCCUCUCUGUAUGAAUAACCAUGACCGUAUGGACAAAUAAGGAUCUGCCCUAGCAAAGCGAA